GAGAUUUCAAAUGAUAAGACAUGUGUUCCUUCGGAUAGUAGACGCUCUCUCAAAUGUCUAUCCAUAUUUCCAACAGAGGGUUGAUGCAACUGGAAGAAGAGGCUUGUCACCACUCCAAAAAUGCACCGCUAUGAUACGGAUGUUAGUAUAUGGCGUAGCAGCUGAUGCUGUUGAUGAUUAUGUGCGCAUAGGCGAGAGCACUACAAUUGAAUGCUUGGAAAAAUUUGUUGAAGGUGUCAUUUCGGUGUUCGAGGAUGAAUACUUGCGAAAACCAAAUCCAAAUGAUGUACGACGCCUGCUACAAAUGGCGGAGGGUCGUGGAUUUCCUAGCAUAUUGGGUAGCAUUGACUGCAUGCAUUGGCAAUGAAAAAAUUGUCCAAAGGCGUGGAAAGGUAUGUA